AUGGCGCCCAUUUCGUUUCUCGACUGCCCCCAAGAAGUACAGCUCCACGUCGCCGAAUUUGUGUCCCAAGGCGACCUGGCUAGGCUCUCCAUGACCUGUCGCGCCCUGCACAGCCUCACCGAGCCUCUGAUCUAUUCCUCUGUCAAGUUUGAAUGGACGAGGGAGUUCCACCCGCCCGUCACUCAAUUACUCCAGUUACUCCGAACGCUGUUGGAAAGACCGGACUUGUGCCCUUUGAUACGCCAUGCCGACUUUGAAGGUAAUGGCUUCAUCAACGAGAUAGGCUCGUAUCGCUCAGAUUGGACAGAAGAGACUCCCGAUCCGCCACCUGCCAUCCCAGAGGUUCCCAAGAGCGAACUUUCCGUGGCCAUAAGGAGCACAGGUGUUUCCAAGUCGACUGCCGAACAAUGGCAUACAAAAGUCCAAUCGGGAUCUCCUGAAGCUUCGGUCGCGGUUCUUGUUUCUCUUCUACCAAAUCUAGAACGGCUUUGUCUGUCCUCCAAUUGGACAAACGACACGCAUUUCCUGGGGAGCAUGUUUCGGGCUGCUCUAUGUGAAAAGCUUCAGCAUGUGACAAAGGCAGGACUACCCUCUUUUUCUUCGUUGAAGCGCGUAUCAUUCGCACCAAUGUUUGACGAAGAACGCCAUCUCGAUCCAAGUAAUACAGCAGAUGCCCUGGCGUUGUUCUACCUGCCCAAUAUUGAGAAUCUCUCAGUAUCGAUUGACAAUCCCAUCAACUUCACUUGGCCCUCGUCACCACCAGAGCCAAGAUCGCUAGAGUCUCUCGAGAUCUUUCGGCUACGAGAAAGUCGCCUGGCACCAGUUUUAGCAGCAACGACGAACUUGAAGAAGCUUCGAUACAACUGGAUGUACCGUCCAGACCUCGACAAGGAGGUCAGUAAACAUGUUGUGAUGUUGGACGUGAUGUCAGAAGCCCUCCUUGAGACUAAAGACUCGCUUGAGGAGCUUGAAAUCACCGCAGAGACUUUUCCCGCACUAUCGCAUGGGGAGUACGAGCCGCCAGGCAUCGCCUUCCACGGAUCAAUCGCUCGACUUCGUGAGAUGCACAAGAUCGAGACUCUUCAUAUACCUUGGACAUUUCUCACUGGAAAUAAAGGAUUUUCUACUGGUCCUGGUCUUAUCGGGGCUGCAGUUCCGCCCAAUGUUGAAGAUUUGGCAUUGGAUGGUUUCUUUAUGUGGUCUGAGGAUGAUGACUAUGAAGAGGAUCCAGAUGAACUGAUGGUCGAAGGCUUUGCAGAAGAACUCGAGAGCGGCGCUUUGUUACAUGUAAAAUCACUGAAGAGCGUUUGCCUACCGGGAUCCUUGUAUAUCGGUGGGUUGUCAGACAUCUGCGAGAACAAGAUGAGAGCCCUUGGGGAUCGAUUUGGGUUGGCAUUGAGCUACGAUGAGAGAAAAGAGUGA